AGUUAUCUAUCCACCGAUUCGUUAACUAAAAUCUGGUAAAUUUCACGGUAGAGUUUCAGGAAAGUGUCCGAUCAAUGGAAUCGAUGAUGAAAGCGCCCCACAGGAGCUGAGACAAUAGAGAGGUCGCUGUCAUUCGUCUCAGGUGUCUCCGUGCAUAAGCUACAGGCAAGGGAAAUUAAAAAAUAAAAAUAACAGAUAUGGAAGUUGACGUACUCUGAAACAAUGUGAAUGAAAAUAACUGUUCAUGUAUCAUUAUCCCCUUUAAUAUGGGAAAACUAGAUAAAUUUGACAUAGAAUUUAAAAACACUGACAAUGUUUGUGUUUCGGGAAACCCUCUUUGUGGAUCUGUUGUCCUGCAGCUUUCUGGGAAAUUAAAAAUUCAAGAUAUUUUACUUCGCUUCCAUGGUUAUGCUAGUGUUGGUUGGGUGGAAAAACAUUCAAGUGGUCAUGGAAAGAACAAAAAGGCCGUGGCCAAGCACUUCUCUAGUGAAGAAAUAUAUUUUGACCACACCGUUCAUGUUUAUGGUAACAAUGCCAGCCAGGUGAACACCCUGGCCGCCGGGUCACACUCCCUCCCAUUCGAGUUUCAUCUUCCGGCAGAUUGUCCUACUUCCUAUGAGGGGUCCAUUGGUCGCAUCCGUUAUUACGUGUCUGCUAGAAUCAGGAAACUAUAUGAAAUAGAGCAUACAACCAUGAAACUUUUCACCGUCAUAAAUCACCUUGACUUGAACAACGACUUACGAUUACAGCAAUCGACAGAUGCCAGUAACGAGAUGACUCUUUGCUGUCUGUGUUGUAAGUCCGGACCUAUUUGUGCCACGCUAUAUUUAGAAACAAUUGGAUUCGUUCCCGGGGAAGGAAUUCCCAUCCACGUGGAGAUUGAGAAUAGAAGUGGCAGGAAGGUGUCUGCAGCUAGUGUUACGCUGCUAAUGGUUGUCCGUUACAACACGUCCAAAAAAUCGAAAACUCACACUAACCAAGUCGCGUCUGUUUGUAAGGACAAAUGGAAUGCUGGGAAAACAGGCGUGUGGACAGGGGAGCGACUCGUCAUACCUUCCGUUCCGCCAUCUUAUCUUCAAGGAUGUGACAUCAUCGAUGUCUCAUAUGUACUCGAGUUAAAGAUCCAUCCCUCUGGGCCAGCCUUCACUCUGCCAGUUAAAAUGGAAAUUGUUAUAGGAACGAAGCCCUUAAAAAAUUCAAUCAGUAACUUUUCAUACUGUGGGUCAGGAGUUUCAGUAAACUCUCCAGUCAUCCAUACCAACGAUAACAAAAAACUACUUUGUGUUAAGUACACGGAGAGUGUCCUGGGAAAGGUCAAUGUGGAAGAUGACCCAGAAUGUGACAAGAUUUCGUACGACAUCACUUUCGCCCCUGUUUAUCCAUAUCACUCAAUCUCAAAUAAAACAGACAGUUUCCAGGUCAAUUCGCCAAAACCAAGUGUGAAAAGUGUGGGAAGAUAGGCAAAACCACGCCUUCCUUAUUGUGUUGUUACGGAAACUGAACAACUAACGUUAACAUUAAGGAAUCCGAGUUUUCCGUCAGUGUGGGUUGUAUUGAAAAAUUGAGGAUUGGGUUGUGAUAAGUUUGUAUAUCAGGUUUACAUCUUUAUUCAUUCUUUUCACAUGAAUAAUAUGUACCUUGUAUACAUUGCGCAUUUUAGGAACAUUAGUACUGUAUUACUAUUUUGGGAAAAUUGUCUAAUCUAUAUAUGUAAGUAUAAUUUAACAUACAUGCGUAUCAAUUGAAACACAGCAAAACGCAAUAUUGUUUUAAGAAUACCU